AUUUUCACUUCAGCAACCAAUAAACAAUUGGAGAAGGUGUGGCUACUAAUCCAAAGUGCAUGCCCCAAAGUCACACGUGAUCCUACUGUAGUUCAAGGUGUCACAUCGAAGCAGGAGACUAUGGAGCUGAAGGUGAGGUAUGUUCUGCUGCUGGCCGUGGGCCUGUGGUCAACACUGCUACUGACCACGGUGACCGCCCACCAGGAGGAGGAGGACGAGCCUAUCAUGGAGAUGGGGGGCGACAUGGAUGUGGAAGACGAGAUGGAGGAGCUUGACCAUGGGGAGGAGCUUCUGGAUGGGGAGGUGGAGGCAGACAUGCCCCCGGGACCACCACCAGUCCCUAAAGUGACCUACAAAGCGCCCGAGCCCACGGGAGAACACUUUUUCGCCGAGUCCUUUGACAUGGGGACCCUUGACAGCUGGGUCCUGUCAAAGGCCAAGAAGGAGGACAUUGAUGAGGAUAUCGCCAAGUAUGAUGGUAAAUGGGAGGUGGAGGACAUGAAGGACGGCAAGCUGCCCGGCGACAAGGGCCUGGUCCUCAAGUCCCGUGCCAAACACCACGCCAUCUCAGCCCAGCUCCUCAGGCCCUUCAUCUUCGACACCAAGCCCCUCAUCGUCCAGUAUGAGGUCAACUUCCAGCAAGGGAUCGACUGCGGCGGCGCCUACGUCAAACUGCUCUCCCAGACACCCGACCUUAACCUGGAUGAGUUUGUUGACAAGACUCCCUACACCAUCAUGUUCGGACCAGACAAGUGCGGCGAGGACUACAAGCUGCACUUCAUCUUCCGCCACAAGAACCCCAAGACUGGCGAGUAUGAGGAGAAGCACGCCAAGAAGCCCGACUCAGACCUGCGCACCUACUACACCGACAAGAAGACCCACCUUUACACUCUGGUGGUGAACCCAGACAACAGCUUUGAGGUGCUGGUGGACCAGGCGGUGGUGAACAGUGGUAACCUGCUGACAGACAUGACCCCCCCCAUCAACCCGGCUGCCGAGAUCGAGGACCCCGACGACCACAAGCCAGAGGACUGGGAUGAGAGACCCAAGAUCCAGGACCCUGACGCAGUCAAACCCGAGGACUGGGAUGAGGAUGCACCGAAACAGAUCCCAGAUGAGGACGCAGUGAAGCCAGACGGCUGGCUGGAUGAUGAGUCCGAGUAUACCAGCGACCCCGACGCGGUCAAGCCCGAGGACUGGGAUGAGGAUAUGGAUGGUGAGUGGGAGGCCCCUCAGGUCCCUAACGCCCUCUGUGAAACAGCCCCCGGCUGUGGCGCUUGGCAACGGCCCAUGAUUGACAACCCCAGCUACAAGGGCAAGUGGAAGGCCCCCAUGAUCGACAAUCCCAACUACCAGGGUGUGUGGAAGCCCAGGAAGAUCGCCAACCCAGCCUUCUUCGAGGACCUCCAUCCCUUCAGAAUGACCCCCUUCAACGCCGUGGGCCUGGAGCUGUGGUCCAUGUCCAGCGACAUCUUCUUUGAUAACUUCUUCAUCACCAACGAGAGGCACACGGCCGAUCGCUGGGCCAAUGAUGGUUGGGGCCUGAAGAAGGCUGCUGAGGGAGCCGCUGAGCCCGGUCUGGUGAACCAGAUGAUGACCGCAGCAGACGAGCGUCCCUGGUUGUGGGUGGUCUACGUGCUUACCGUGGCCGUGCCCCUAGUCCUGAUCAUCAUCUUCUGCUGCACUGGAAAGAAGACUGCUGCAGCUGCAGCUGCAGCCGACUACAAGAAGACAGACGAACCCCAGCCAGACGUGAAGGAGGAGGAAGUGGUGGAGAAGGCUGAAGCAGACCAAGUCAAGGAGGAGAAGAGCCAGCCAGCAGCAGCAGAGAAGAAUAGUGAUGCAGAAGACAGUCCUGCAGAGGAAGGAAAUGAGGAGGAAGAGGAGGAGGAGGAGGAGGAGGAAGAGGUCACUGAAGAGAAACAAGAAGAUGACCUCCUCAGAAGGUCCCCCAGAAACAGGAAAUUGAGAAAGGACUGAUGUGGCUUUCACAAUCCUGGAUCUCUGAUUUAAAACCAACAGCCCUGACCCAGGGUCACUCCCUAACCCCACCCACCC